UUGUUCAGUGCGCAUGUUCCCGUUUCACUUUCAUAUUGUGCAGUGGUUGUGUUGUCGUGAUACAGUGUCAGCUUAAGGCAUAAAUGAGUGAAGGUUGAAUUUUGUGAAUUGUUUCGGACGAUAUUACUUAUUAGCAAGUUUUUUCGAAGAAAUAGACGAUAGCGCCAUGAGUUACGCAGAUGUAGUACAACAACUUCACACGACUUUCGCUAGUGGAAAGACCAGAGAUGUCGAAUUCAGAGAGAAGCAACUCAAAAACUUGUUGCGCAUGUACGAAGAGAAUUCAGCCGAAAUGGUCAGAGUGCUAGCUGCUGAUUUGAGGAAGCACAAACAGGAGGCUCAUGUACUGGAGAUUGAUUUUCUCAUAAACGACAUUCGAAACACCAUCUACAAUCUGCAAGAAUGGGUCAAACCGGAGAAACCGGAAAAAACUAUGGUCAAUAUCAUGGACGGAGUGUACAUCUACAAAGAUCCAUAUGGCGUAGUUUUGGUAAUCGGUGCUUGGAAUUAUCCGCUGCAAUUAACCCUUGUUCCAGUGGCGGCAGCAAUUGCGGCUGGAAACUGUGUACUUAUCAAACCAAGCGAAGUCGCGGCGACGACGUCUAAGUUCAUUGCAGAAACUAUUCCAAAGUAUUUAGACUCAGAUUGCUACAAGGUAAUAGAAGGUGGUGCCAAGGAGACAUCAGAACUGUUGAGGCAGAAAUUCGAUUACGUUUUCUACACCGGUUCCGGCAGAGUCGGAAAAAUAGUGCAUCAGGCAUGCAAUGAAAAUCUGACGCCUUGUACGCUUGAGCUGGGCGGCAAAAGUCCCUGUUAUAUUGACAGCACCGCAGAUAUUUCAAUCGCCACAAAGCGAAUUCUGUGGGGCAAAUUUAUCAAUGCCGGGCAGACUUGUAUCGCUCCUGACUAUCUGCUCUGCUCGAAGCAGGUGCAAAGAGAGUUUGUGGAAGAAGCGAAAAAAAUUUUAACCGAAUGGUACGGAAGCAACCCGAAGGACAGUCCCGAUCUGUGCAGGAUUAUUAACCAGCAGCAUUUCCAGCGUCUUAGUGCGAUGAUUAAAGGAGCAAAUGUGGCCAUUGGUGGAGAAAUGGAUUCACAGGAAAAGUAUAUCGCUCCAACGAUCCUGGUAGAUGUUAGUCCCAGUGACGCCGUAAUGCAAGAGGAAAUCUUCGGACCAAUUCUUCCGAUCAUCAACGUUGAGAAUGCUUAUGAUGCUAUCCGCUUUAUUAAUUCGAGACAAAAGGCACUCGCGUUGUAUAUCUUCAGCGAAAAUAAAAACGACAGAAAAGCGUUAAUUAAAGGUACUUCUAGCGGUGGAGUUUGUAUCAACGACACUAUGAUGCACGCAGCAGUUGAAACUUUACCGUUCGGAGGCGUCGGAUCGAGCGGAAUGGGGGCGUAUCACGGAAAAUACUCAUUCGACACGUUUGUCCAUAGGAAGUCGUGCCUGGCUAAGGAUUUUAAUAUGAUCGGCGAAAAACUGGCCUCUUCAAGAUACCCUCCGUACUCGGAUACAAAGCUUUCAUUCCUGACUACACUACUUAAGAAACGACAGGGAUUUUCCACCAAGUUUCUGCCUUAUGUAUUGAUGUUUGGAAUAGGAGUUGCUACUACACUCAUUGUGAGCUCAAUCGUGAAGGAUGACGAAUAAAGAGCUCAGAUACUGUUUCGGCUAACAGUAGGACACUGCAAUACAUUCAACUAAAAGAGACUGUGAAUCACUUUUGUUAGGACCAGAUUUUUGAACAGCGGAUACGGUGUCAUUUCUAUGCAACAUUUGUGAUAAAAUGCUCUUUAAGCUGAGAUUUUUAAAUGGGUAUAGGUGUCAAUUCAUAUUAUCUGCAUCCCUUAAUGAUAGCAAACCAAAAGCAAUGAUUUUAAUUGAGUUAUUGUUAGACGUUUAAGUUUUAACCGUUAUUUUAAGUAACAUAAUUACUUAACACUCGUAACGUAAGAGCGCUGCACUAUGGUCCAAUGGUACCUUGUUGGGUUGAGCGAAACAUUCAGAAAUCAGUUACAAAGAGAAACCGGGGCUUAUGAAAAAAUAAGCAUUUAUUUACUGUUGUGAAAAAUAUAUAAUUUGUAAAAAACACGCUUAUCUUUUAACAAAAUAAAAUCAAAUACAGU